AUGACAGAAGAUCAACAAAAAUGCAUUACUGACCAACAAAAUAAUCAUGUGAAACUUUGGAAAGACUUACGGCAACGAAUGAAGCAGGAUAUAGCACACAGUAAGUUAUUACCUGAACAAGAAUGUAUAACUUUUGAUAUGCAGCAAACUCUACCCCUACCUAGAAUACCCACAAAUAUUGUUUUCUAUAAGAGACAACUGUGGGUUUAUAAUACUGGUAUUCACUCUGGAUCAGAUGAUAAGAGUUACUGCUAUGUUUGGGUUGAAGGAGAAACAGGUAAAGGUGCCCAAGAAACAGGUAGCUGUUUCAUGUAUCAUCUAAAAAAAUUUCUAAAAUCUGGCGUAAAGAAUCUAAUACUUUGGAGUGAUUCCUGUGGCGGACAGAACAGGAAUAUAAAGAUAGUUCUAUUACUUAAAGUACUUUUGGCAAAUCACGCCACACUACAAACAAUAUCUCAUAGAUUUUUAGAGCCAGGCCACACUUACCUACCAAAUGAUACAGAUUUUGGGAAAAUAGAGACUGCUUUAAAAAGUCAACAGAAAAUAUACACACCAGAUGAAUAUAUAGAUGUUAUGAGGUCAUGUAAGAAAAAAAAUCCUUUAACCGUGACCCGAAUGAAGACAGUGGAUUUCUAUAGUACAGCAAAGUUAGAAAAACUCAUUGUUAAUAGGAAAAAAGGGACAGCAGGAGAAAAAAUCAACUGGUUAAGAACUAAAGAAAUAUUGCUGAAGAAGGAAAACCCAUAUUCCAUAUACAUGAGAAGUACAUUUGACGAGGACUUCAUUGAAGUAGACAUUAAAAGGAAACCACUUCGUGGCAAACCUACUGUAGAAGCUUUUGAAGAUAAUCUCUUGCCUCUGUGGCCAAAUGGCAAGGAGAUUACAGCUGCUAAACUUGCUGAUCUACAGGCUAUGUUAGAUCUUAUUCCAAAAGAUUGCCAUUACAUAUAUACAAACUUAGUGGGAAACGCAUCACUCGAAGAUGAUAUUGAUGGGUAUGCAGGAGAGCCAGAUUAUGAAAUGGAAGAUGAUGAAAGUUAAAAACAACUGAUUAGUUUUAUUCUGUAGAAUAAAUACUUAUAGUUAUUCACCUGUUAUUUUUUUGGAAUAAAUAAAUAAAGAAAUAUUGUAUUUUUUUUUGUCAAAAUGUGGUGUUUAAUAGGUAUAUUUUAUUUCGCGUAAAAUUUUAUUUGAUCAUGGAUCAUUUCUGCAAAAGUCAAAUUUCCAUUUUUGACUUUAUUUUUUAAUUUUGCAAUAGUGAUCCAGUUAAUUUAUAUUUUUUCUCUCUUAAAUAAUGG